AUGCUUGUGUCUGCCUGUCGGUCAGUCUGCUCUCCACUCUUUUGGGACACAGCUACACACUUGGGCGUAGGCAUGGUUAUCUGUCGAGAAGGCCAACCAAGCGACCACGUCACCUCGGCGUCAUUUGGACGGUUGGGCAGACAGUCCGGCCGGCCAAUCCACCGUGUAGACGUUCGGCCAGGUCUAGCCUCACACACUCAUGAUAUCGAUCCGUCGGUACAUCAAUCCCUACACCCAAACAUCCAUUCAUCCGCUCACCUGAUCAUCUAUUCAUCCGACCGCCCGACCGUACAUUCAUCUGCCCACCCGACCAACCACUCGCUGAUGCCACCGACGCGUCACGAGAACAGCUUGCCGAACAGGCUCACUCAGAGGCGCUGCCUUGACUUGAGCACAACAUGGACUGUCGGAUAG